UCCGCCUCGAACCCUGUCAUGCGUAUUAGAACGGCAUUUAAUUCCGCGCGUAGUAACAGAAGACGAAAUUUUGUCGGGCGGUUGGCACAACAGCCUACAUAGGGUAUAAGUUAGUUCGAUGGCCUGCGGCUGGGUGGGAAGGAAAGGGGGGGGGGGGGGGUGGGAGGUGGAGGGGGGUUCGGCUGUCCUGUGAUCCUACCUGCCCGGUAUGUCGUCAAGGAAAGUUCGUUAGUCGGUUGGUCGAAACGUCUACACACGUCCAAUUUGACGAACCGGUCGGAUAGUGUGUGUGUGUGUGUGUGUGUGUAGGGUCCUUUAACGCUAUGAAUCAGCGCAGACGCAUUACUCGUUGCCACGUCACGGGCUUGGCUGACUAGUGUGAAGAAUUGCUUUCAGAGGUCGCUAGUGUGUGAUCUGCUGUUAGCGGACAAGCAUGUGCCUUCGUCAGUUCUAGUUCGUGUGUCAAAGCGGGACGGAUAGGCAGGACAGUAAGGCACAAUGAGCGGGAGGGGGGUGCGAGCAGACAUUGUGGCGUUCAUAGCGCUCGCGGGGUGCCUAUUUUCCGUCUCUGUGGUGGUGGAGGUGAUAGAAAAACUUGACGGCAGCGACAGCCCCACAUGGUCGGUCUUAAAGCUGAUGGGGCCGCAGCUGUGGAGCCCCAUAAACGGAGACCCUGUACGCCUCACGGUUGCACUGGCUAUUGCGUUGUAUAGUAUGGUGUAUUUCGUCUCGUGCUGGAUAUUGGAGAGAGCGGCCCUGACAAAGAAUGCCUACUUUGUGGUGCCGUGGAUAGUGUGCGAGGGCGCUACCAUCUUGUACCAGACCUGCGCUGCUUUCAACGCGAGUGACAGAUUCACAAAGACAGAAGAAUCGCUACUUAUCCUGGACACAUUGAUUGGCUUCGCGGCGAUCGGUUACGUUACACUGGCUGGCAUUUCGUGGAUGCAGAUGGAACCAUCCACACGUAGACAUCGCGCGACUGGAGACGAUGCGGAGGCGAGACUACUACAUCCAUACUCGGCUGCAGGUGAUCCUGAGGGUCAACCACUACCGAAGGCCAGGAAGAAGACUACUUUGUGUAUGUCCAAAACUUCACCGAAGUCAUGGAAGCGGUACAAAGUUUCGUUGUUGGAGAAACUGGCGGCACGAGAGAUAACUGGGGGCAGACGUAUCCGCUUCCAGGCACCAAAAUGUAGCCCAAAGAAAAAGCGCAAAGUUGCCCAACGGGCAUUUGAUAUGACUGCAUCUCUAUCGUCCGUGGACGCUACUCGCAAUGAAGAUAGUGCAGUUUUGUGUUGCGUACGAGGGGACUCAUUAGUAAAGUGUGUGAAGCCAUUUGACAUACCGAGGACAGUUUUUCGUUUUAGACAAUGGUUUGGUGAUGGAUCAGCUCGCAGCACGGCAGUUGACGGAAAUAAUACUAAUGGACAAUGUACUACUGUAGACUGCGAUUAUUGGCCGUGUAACGAGUCGGCAUCGCCCAGUAAUGGAAUGAUCGGUGACGUUCACCUCCAAUCAGGGACUAUCUCCCUAAGAGAGAGUAUGGACUGUGACACUGGGAGAUGCUUUAGAGGUCAGGAAACUGGAGUGGAGAACAUCUAUGACGUGCCGGAGUAUAUAGAAGAGACGACGGGAAAUGUUAGUCCAUCGAAUGUUAACGCACAAGUCAGCGAGUUAAAAAAAAGUGAAGUGUCUGCUAAUGGGGUAUCUUCUUCUGAAAUACGGAAAUUCACAACUGACGGGGAUCUGAAGUUGCAUGGCGCCUGCCACAGUAUAGCGUGCUGCGGGGAAGGUCUUAGAGCGAGAGAUCCGUUCAUUACAACGGAUAGUUUCAUCUGGAGCAGAAGUCUAAAUAUUAGUUUGGAUGAAAAUGAUUUGGAAUCCUCGACUGGUAACGAAGAGCUAACGCGACAACAAAUUGAAGCCAUUAGCGGGAGGUCAUCGCCGGUAAAUAUACCACCACCAGGAACACGCAGAGCAGGAAAUAUUUGGAUGUGGGCUGCGCCUGAGUCGACCAAACGUCUGUUGUUAAGUGGUGGGGAGGGCCUCGGAUAUGUGUACUCAGCUUCAGAUAUGGACCUGGUUGUGUUCGGUCGGAAGGAUAGCAUGUACCAAGGCUCUUUAGUCAGCAUUGGGACUUCCUCUGUAAGAGACAGUGUUGGUGUAGUGUUGCAUAGAAAGCGCGCCCCAGGAAUAGAACCGACGCACAGGAACAGCUGGGACGGCAGUAUCGCGGAUAUAGGUGCCACAAAGUUUCUGCAAUGGAUCCCUACUCUGUCUGGUACUCCACUGAGAAGUCAGAGCUGGUCUUCCCUUUCAUAGACCACUUCAGAAUUUUUGGAAGAGUAUGUGAUACGGCAAGCUUCUCACACACAGAACAGUCCGUUUGUUCCCAACGGAUUUUCUGCGGAUUGGCUGUGUAACAAAAUGGAGCGUAAAAGCCGUCGUUACGAGAGGGGCUGUGAUUCCCUUGAUCAGAAAUACGGGAAAAUACGAGCGUCAGAUCCUGGGGUGGACACCUCUGGCGAAGAUCUCGUGGACAAUGCAAAAAACCGAAAAAUUCCACGAUGUAAUCUGAAGCUUUCAGACUACUGAUUCGCAAGAGUAGUGAGUUAUUUCCACUCACUAUUAAAUCAUCUUUAGACACUGUUACUAGUGCUAAAAAAGUAUCACUGUUUUAGGUAACAGAAAAACAUACCAAUAUACGGUCAUUUUAUAUGCAAGACGGGUGCAGAACUUGAAUGUCAAUGCGAAUGUAAAACUUCUGUGACGUGGAUUGGACAGCGUCUGUGUUAAAUGGAGACAAAGAAUCCAACUGUAGAAUAUUUAGAUUUAAAAUUAGGUUAUUAUCAAACCUGAAGAAAGCUUCAGGUCUUUAGCUUGGAAUUCUUAAGUUUCUUGCGUAGCUGUUACGCAUUGCCUAGAAUAUUUUCAACAUUAGAACGUAAGACGAGACGCUAAAGACAAAACUAUUUUGAAGUGAAACCAUAGUGAAUUGCUGAUGGAGCUAUAAUGUAAAGGUGAACAUUCUAGGUUAAAAUACUAAGCAAACAGCUUUCGAUCUUGCAUGGGAAUUUGACUAUUUCUCAGAGAAUAGAAACAUAGCACCAAGCACUGAAUGAAGUCUGUUAAACCAUAAUGGUGGGAUAAGAAUACUAGCUACUUAAGGGAACCUCGAAAUGUGAAAGUUUAGUAAGUAAGAAUACCAGCAGGUAGUGGACAUGGCAUUGUGGAGAGGCAUAACUACUGCACCUAUAUGGAUUUCAGCACUGGCUGAUCGUUUGUGUUAGUGACAUAUUCCUGCACAUAAUCUACAAAGGCUACUUAAACCAGUGUGAAAAAAUGAAAUAUUAAUGCAGAUGUACAAUGCUUAAAUAAAAUGUAAUGUAGUUCUAGAAUAAAGGCAUACUUCUUUU